AUGUCUAGCACCGUGCCCUCCAACGACAUGGCUGAUGAAUGUUCAGCUUCAACAAAGGCUGGUGAUAAGCCCACAUCGUUAUCAGAAGAUGCCAUCAAUACAGAGACUAGCGACAAGUCUAAAUCGGUAUCAGACACUGUCGCUGAGACGGAGACUAGCGACAACCCCGAACCACCAUCAGAAGACAGGUCCAAAUCGCCAUCAGAAGCCGGUGGUGAUGCAGAGAUUGGCGAAAUCAAUGAAGAGUCAAUGGCGAAAUUGUCAUUAGGCUCGGACAACGAAAGCGCUUGCCAUCCAGAUCUCGAUACCCCUCCAGAUCUCGCUACCGUCACGGAAAGUCUCAUAGGUCUACCCAAGCAGAUUAUCAAACGCUAUUACGGCAAUCGCAUUCGCUUCUUUACUGACUAUGCUGGCAUCCGGCAUAGUCUGGCUUGGGCUGUCAAGAUAGACGACGUCAUCCAACCCUUCGCUAUUCUCUUUCUUACACCACCCGACGGCAGACUUGAGAUUGAAAUGAAGGACGAAGAUGACAUACCCGUCGAUGGUUUACCAGCCAAUGUCAUACGUACUGAGAAACUUCAAGAUCUGGCCCUCGAGGUACAGAACGAACACGGUUGUAAACGCGUUGGCUUCUAUGACGGCAAACGUUUCAUCUGGGCUACUUGCAAUCCACAACCAGGCAUUGGAAAGGGCCCUAUGACGCCCGAUGGUCGUCCAUUGAUGUAUUCCCAUGGACCAGAUAUAUUUCGCUCGCAACUUUUGCUCUGCUUGGCCGAGGCGAUGGAUGGGAUGGGUGUUAAGAUGCUGGAACCACUCAAAGGAUAUACACUGGAAAAUUCGAGACUGGCAGGGUUGGGGCUUGGUGUUCCACGAAAGAAACCCGAUGGGCAUUUCGAUUUCGAUGGUGCUAAACUGAUGAGCGGCCACAUCAACAUUGGUGAAUGUGUCUUCAGAGCAUAUGCUAGAGAGAAUGGCGACAUCAUGGAAAUCGACGAUCUCCCUCUGCCGGAAAUCGAAGACGAUAUUCUCACGACAUCGCUUGGUGUGCGCAUUGCAGCUAGAGAACCCCUGCUGGACCUGUUGGGUGCGGUCGCGAAAUCAUGGAUGGGCUAUGAGCUCAAACACAGCUAUGAUAUCAUCCCCGACGCACUCACCUGGUAUGUCCGCGACCAGAAUCGAUCUAAGCUAUACGUCGCAAUCCUACAACUUGCGCCUGCUGGAACGAUCGUAGAGCAGGACUGGGGGAUGAUUAGAGCGGACCUGACUUACGACAAUAACAACGAGGGCAUUGUGCGUACGGCGGCGCCACUUCGCGACGAAAUGCUGAUUCUUGGCCAGCAAUACAACUGCUCUCACAUGGCCUUAUUUGAUUAUCGUGGCUUCGUGACUGUAUCGAGAAGCUCCAACGCAGCGUUCAUCUCAAGCGUAACAUUCGCCAAAGAACCCCAAAUUGCUAGUAGGGCAGUACAGUGGUUGGUCACUGCUUUUGCCGACUUGGAAUAG